CUUCUCAAAAAAAAAAAAAAAAAACACUUGUUCAUUUACAUCAAAAUGAUCACUGCAGCUCUACACGAACCUCAGAUUCACAAACCAACCGAUACAUCCGUCGUCUCCGAUGAUGUGCUUCCUCAUUCUCCUCCUACGCCUCGCAUUUUCCGGUCAAAGCUUCCGGACAUUGACAUCCCUAACCACCUCCCUCUCCACACUUACUGCUUCGAAAAACUCUCAUCUGUUUCCGACAAGCCUUGUCUCAUCGUUGGCUCCACCGGGAAAAGCUACACCUACGGCGAAACACACCUAAUCUGUCGGAGAGUCGCUUCCGGGUUAUACAAGUUAGGUAUCAGAAAAGGUGACGUCAUCAUGAUCCUUCUCCAAAACUCAGCCGAGUUCGUUUUCUCCUUCAUGGGUGCUUCCAUGAUCGGAGCCGUCUCAACCACCGCAAACCCUUUCUACACUUCUCAAGAGCUUUAUAAACAGCUUAAAUCUUCCGGAGCCAAACUCAUAAUCACUCACUCUCAAUACGUCGAUAAACUUAAAAACCUCGGAGAAAACCUCACGCUGAUCACUACCGAUGAACCAACACCGGAGAAUUGUCUACCAUUCUCGACACUCAUCACCGACGACGAAACAAACCCAUUUCAAGAAACCGUCGAUAUCGGCGGUGACGAUGCGGCGGCGUUACCAUUCUCAUCGGGAACAACAGGGUUACCAAAAGGAGUUGUUUUGACACACAAGAGCUUAAUCACAAGCGUUGCACAACAAGUAGAUGGAGAUAACCCAAAUCUUUACCUCAAAUCAAACGACGUCAUACUCUGCGUUUUACCACUUUUCCAUAUCUACUCUCUCAAUAGCGUCCUCCUCAAUUCACUCCGAUCCGGCGCCACGGUUCUUUUAAUGCAUAAGUUUGAGAUCGGUGCGUUAUUGGAUCUUAUUCAAAGACAUAGAGUGACAAUAGCGGCGCUUGUACCGCCGCUAGUGAUCGCUCUAGCUAAAAACCCGACGGUUAAUUCUUAUGAUCUCUCCUCCGUUAGAUUCGUUCUUUCCGGUGCAGCUCCUUUAGGUAAAGAACUUCAAGAUAGUCUUCGUCGCCGUCUCCCUCAAGCCAUCCUUGGCCAGGGAUAUGGUAUGACGGAGGCAGGACCAGUGUUGUCAAUGAGCCUUGGGUUCGCUAAAGAACCGAUACCGACAAAAUCAGGUUCAUGUGGGACUGUGGUCCGAAACGCAGAGCUUAAAGUGGUUCACCUUGAGACACGUCUCUCUCUUGGAUACAACCAACCUGGUGAGAUUUGUAUCCGCGGUCAACAGAUCAUGAAAGAGUACUUGAACGAUCCAGAAGCCACUUCAGCAACAAUAGACGAAGAAGGUUGGCUUCACACAGGAGACAUUGGAUAUGUUGAUGAAGAUGAUGAGAUUUUCAUUGUUGAUCGACUUAAAGAAGUCAUCAAGUUCAAAGGCUUUCAGGCAAGUCCAUUCAUAUUCAUUGUUCUUUUUAUUUUUAACAAGUGUUUACACCUAAAAAAGAUUUACAUAAUGAUAUAGAAAAUUAAUGAUAUAAUACUAUUACUUAGUUCAAAAGAUAAGAUCAUUUCGAAAUCGCGGUAUGAUGAUGAUGAGAUGUGAAAGAACAGGUCCCUCCAGCUGAGCUAGAGAGUUUGCUAAUCAAUCACCAUUCAAUUGCCGAUGCAGCUGUUGUUCCGCAAAAUGAUGAAGUCGCUGGGGAAGUUCCGGUGGCUUUCGUGGUGCGAUCAAAUGGAAAUGAUAUCACUGAAGAAGAUGUUAAAGAAUAUGUUGCCAAACAGGUGGUGUUCUAUAAGAGAUUGCACAAGGUCUUCUUUGUUGCUUCCAUUCCUAAAUCUCCUUCGGGAAAAAUACUAAGAAAGGACCUCAAAGCUAAGCUUUGUUGAAUGUAGUUCUUUUUAAUAUAUUCCAUUGAUGAUUUAAACGUUCAUUUGUAUCCACAAUGCUUUGUGUCUCUUUUAUUUUUUAAGAUCCUUUGACGCAAUAGAUGUUGGACACUAAGAGUAUGCUUAAGAUACUGAAUUAUUUUGGAUCAGUUUAUUUCAAUGAUUUUUGUUUUCUUUAUGAAA